AUGCCGCUCUUCCAGCCUGAAGGGCCCGAGAAGCAGCGGCGACCAAAGCGGAAGGAGCCGCCUAGCGCAGUGCUAGAUCGAAGCGAUGAAGGAGAUGGGGCGCUUUCUAGACCGGGAUCACUUUUCCAAGCUGAGCCAGAGGAGGGUCUUCAGGUGGUCAAAUCCAAGCCUAGCGGUUCAAAGAAGCAGCUGUUCGACCCAGAAAGCGAAUCCAGUGAUGGGGAAUGCUCAAGGGACUCCGAUGCCUUAGAAGACACACUGAGUUCAGCUGCCCUGAACUUUGGGUGGCACAAGCUCCAUGAAGCUGCGAAGGCCCGUUUUGCCAAAGAGGUGUCUGCGGCUGGCAAACAGGAGAAACCCAAACGGCAUUAUGACAAUUCCAAAAGAGCCGCGAGAGCAGCCUAUGAACGUACUGCUGGGAAGUUCAAAGAGAAUGGUCUUAGCUCUGAAAGGAUUACAGGGGUGAGAGCAGCGCUUCAACCUUUGCCCUGGCACUCUGCUGACAGCCAAGCACCCGGCGUUGGUGAUCCAGUCUACCGCUUGCACCCCAGCGUAGUGGCCUCGCUUGCCCCCAGCGUACCAUUGAGGGCGGCGUUUGGAGGAGCACGACAUGUAUGA